GUGCGCCUCUUCAGCACCUCUCUGUCAGCUGGCGUGCGAGGCGUGCCGUGUAACCAGCGUUACCUUCUUCCUUCCCUGCUCCUCAAUCAACGAGAGGCGUCCCGGUUGCCGUUGUUGUUCUUGACUGCGUGCGGGCGAGUAGUAGAAAAGGAAAAUUAAUCAUCUAUCUAGGAACAUAACCCCCCCCCCUCCAUCACAACUUCCGUUAAGCACCUGCAACAAUAUCUGAUUAUCAUUAUUAUUAAUUUGUGCUUGCGUUGCCGCCCUUUUCUGUCCCGCCGCUGAGCGUCACCGACGUCAGCUGCGCCUGCUUUUCUCUCUUCUUUCCAGCCGCCACUGCGUCGUUUGAGGGCAGUGCCAAUAUCUUCAUUUAUUUGGUUUAUCUCUUUUCCCUCCCGUAUAUCGUUGAGAAUGGCCGCCACCGCAGUUGCAGCCGUGUCGUCUCCGCCGUCUUCUUCUUCCGGUGACGAUGGCGACGCGCGAAGUAGCUGUGGUACUCGCAGCAGCAGUCUCAGCUCCACACGCGCCGCCGGUCUCGCCUACGCGUACGACAGCGCCUCCAUUGCGCAGGUACCUGGCCUCGUCGUGCCGCUCGUGCCUCCUUGCAAAGGAGGCUGUGCGGCACUGGCGGGAGCCGUCUUUGCCCUCGAGCAGUUAAGUGCGGUGAUGGAGAGCGUGCUGGAUCGUGUUGACCGCACAGCCGCGGCGCGAUGGCGCACGCUGGACAACCUUCAAACGCGCAUUACCGCCUGCGCAGGGGCCAUCACCCGCAUCAAGAACCGCCGGACAUCGACGCUGCUGGAGAGUAAACCUCGUUACCCGCUCCUGCCUCCUUCACCACACGCAGCGGCCACUCGCAAAAGGCAGGGGAAGCAUCCGCCUGGUUCGACCGCGUACACAACGGCCAUCGCGGAUUUGGCCGUCCCGUCUGCCGUGUACACCAAGUGCAGCGAUCGCUAUCUACGCCCACGGCGUGCCUCACCGCUGCCGGCGGUCGCACCGGACUCCUGCAGCUCCAACUCCGAUGACGACGACGGUGGCGGUGACGAUGACGAGACGAACUAUCCACUUCCGCGGCCCUCCUAUCAACGGCCACUGCGCACCAUCGCCGCCGUAUCGACGACAUCUGCGUCCUCCACUGCAACAACAGCGGCCGCCGCUGCUGCGUUGCGUCGUCAGCUGCGCGCGGGUGAGGGCCCGCAGCCUCCGAUUAAUCCGAUGUCCUAUGUGGCCCUAGCCGAGUCCAUGCCGCUGGAGUCUGUAAGUUGGGACGUCGACAGCGGUGGUGGGGCAGCAGUGACGAUGAUGGGGGACACCGUUGCCACCGCCGCUUCUUCCGCGGGAAAUACGGCGGCCGGUUCUGCCGUGCCGUUUUGGCAGCCCCGCACCCUGCCGGUGGUCCGCGGUGGGCAGGCGCUGCAGGCGGGGUGUGAGGUGCCGAACUCGGCCAGCGCGCUCGUUAGCUUCCCGGCGCGGCGGGUGGCGUAUCGACACCUGGCCGCGACAUCGCCGUCGAAUGUCGUUGCGGCGAGUCCGGGAAAGCGAGGACCACCUCGGCAUGCAGCCACACUCGCAGACCCGCGGACGGGCAGUCGCGCGCACACGAGGAGCAGCAUCGACGGCGCCGUCCUCGGCGGCAGUGCCGUGAAUUUGCAGCAGGACUUCAUCACGCAGACGGAGGCGCAGCAGUACGCGUUUGUGCCGGGCGGCAACGGCACGUCGGCGGUGCACGCGCUCCUGUCGGACCUCCCGCGCGAUCUCCCGCUGCGGCACAUCGCCGCGGUGCGUCGCUGGGACCGGCAGAACACCGCCACGUCGCAGCAGCAGCAGCAGCGACGACGACAACGCAGGGGUGGUAGUGGGAGCGGAGGUGAUGAAGAUGGAGCAGAGGAGGAGGAGGAGGAGGAGGGGGACGGGGAGCGCAGACACGUGGUGCGUGACACCGACGCCUUCAGUUUGGAGAACAGCGGUGGUAUUGGACGUCAUGGCGAGGGCUUGUUGGAGGGCAUGACACCAAGCCAGCAGCAGCAACUGCAGCGUAGAAUGCACGCGCAGCAGCAGCGGCACGGACGUCGCAGGCGACGCCACCACGCCGGCUCCUCGUACAGCAGCGAGAAGAGCGGCAUCGACGAUGACGAACGUAGUUAUGAUGGUGGUGAAAGCGACGAAGACCCGCGCCGGUCAACGGACAGGCGGCGCGCAACUCAACAACAAGGCGGACAGAAGAGGCAUGAUAAACUGUCGUCGAGCGGGGCAGCAAGGAGUUCAGCUGCUCCGCCUUCCGCUCCUUCUGGGAUGCCCCCUCCAUCGACCACCGCACCGCCACCGCCACCGCCACCGCCAGGGGUGAUGCGUUCAACGACGGCACCGCCACCACCGCCGCUGCCGCCAGCAGCGUUACUCCAAGGUACGCCGAACCCACCGAUGUUUCCCGGGCGUGGUGGGCCGAGCGCGGGCAGCGGGGCAGGGAGUGGAGGGCCGCCUCGCCUGCCGCCGCCUCCACCGCCACCGCCGCCGAGGGGCGCCGCUGCAGCUCCGUUUGGCUCCGGCACCGUUUCUGCACAGCCGAAGUCCACCGCCGCCGGACGACCACCACCGCCUCCGCCUCCGCCUCCGCCGCCGCCGCCUCGCGGUCCGGGAGGUGGUAGCCUUCCACCGCCCCCGCCCCCGCCGCCCGCACAAGCCUCGAAUAAAUCCGCGCCGCAACCACCGCUAGGCGUGCGUCAAGGUGGAGCCCCACAAGGUGGCAAGUCAUCCCUCCCCCCUCCACCUCCACCUCCCCCCUCCUCUGCCGGAGGCGCCCUCUCCUCGCUGCUCGGUCAGCGACGAAGAGCUCUGCAGGGCGACGCCUCAAGUGACAGCAGCAGCGACAGCAGCAGCAGCGGCGGCGGCAACAAGACGAGGCGUAAGCGAAACAACGACCACAGUAGAAUUAAUGAUAACGGAGAGCAGACGGGUGGCUCGCUUCCGUCCACGUCAUCGUCGUCCUCGGCGGCAGUGACGGCUGGGCAUGACGCGCGGAAAGCACCGCCACCGCCGCCACGACCAGGUGCGCCUCCACGGCCUCCGCGGCUCGGCGGCGACUCCUCCUCCAGCGACGACAGCGACUGGUGA